UCUUAAUAUAUCCAUGGUAGUGAGCAACGCAAAUAACGAACUCGUUUCCGAGUUCCGACACUAGACAAAGCGUCGAAACACUACAUCAUGCAGCUGAAACAUGGGUUGGAAAUCUGGCAACCAGAGGUCACACUGAGGGGCGUCUGCUGGAACCAAACAGACGUGGUGUAAAGUCCAUCAACUGCAGCGGAUUGACUGUGCAAAACCCUAACGCUACCGUCCUCACUGUGACUGUUUUAGUUUCAAGCCAUUUUCACAUUUCGUCUAAUCAUAAUGGAGAUUCCAGUAUUUACUCUAGACGCCUUCACUAAUUUACCGUUCAAGGGAAACCCUGCGGCUAUUUGUCCACUUAUGCAUGAACUGAGUGAUUAUUUGUACCAGAGGAUAGCAGCAGAGAUGAACCUGUCAGAAACCGCUUUCAUCACCAGGAUCAAUCCCUCUGACAAUUUUACCACAGGAUCAAGGUUCCGACUUCGAUGGUUUACACCAACUAAUGAAGUGAAUCUCUGUGGUCAUGCCACUCUGGCCUCCGCAGCAGUGCUGUUCAAACAUAAGCAGAAUAAGAAUCCCAAACUGGUGUUUGAGACCAAGAGUGGCGAUCUGGCUGUCACCCAGCAGGGGGAAGGGUACAUCAUGGACUUUCCUCUCAACCCACCAACCCAGGAGGAUGCCAAUGACUUCAGAGACGUCAUCAAGGCUGCGGUUGGAAACCACCCGAUCCAGGAUGUGUAUCUGAGCUCCAACACGAAGAAACUGCUGGUGCGACUGGCUGACAGCUGUGACAGGUCAGUGCUAACCAGUCUGAAAGUUGACCCUGUUGCUCUUCAGAGCAGUGAGACGAGUGGAAGAGUUAAAGGAGUAAUCAUCACCAUGAAAGGAUCCCCAGACUGCCAACCAGGAUACGACUUCUACUCUAGAUUGUUUGCUCCAUGGAAUGGCAUCCCUGAGGAUCCCGUCACUGGUUCUGCUCACACCGUGCUGGGUAGCUACUGGUCUCAGAAGCUGGGAAAGAAGAAAAUGCUAGCUUACCAGUGCUCCAGUCGAGGCGGGGAGCUCGAACUAGAAGUGAGAGACGACGGAAGAAUCAAUAUAUUUGGACAGGCCGUCACUGUGCUGCAGGGAACUAUCACACUAUAGCCACAUGCAAACUAAGAUGAUGAUUUGCUAUUUGGGGAUAAUAGGACAGUCAUAACGUAUCUGCACAGAGAAGCAGACAUAGGCUUUGUACCACAUGAUAACACACCAAAAAACUAAAUGGUUUAAAUAAAAAGGUAAACUGAUA